CUGCGAGACUUUGAGAGGGACGAGACUUUAGAAGGGAAAAUGAUAACCUUACUGUAGCAUUUGUUUAUAUUGUUUAUAAACAACUUGUGCCAACGUUUUAGUUAUUUUACAGCAUUUUCUAGUCUUGUUACAACAAAGAUCAAGUUUGCAACAUGGGUGUCCCAAAGUUUUACAGAUGGAUGAGCGAGCGCUAUCCAUGUCUCAGCGAAACUGUCAAAGAAUUCCAAAUUCCAGAGUUUGAUAACCUGUACCUGGACAUGAACGGCAUCAUACAUAUUUGUUCACAUCCAGAAGAUGACAACCCACAUUUCAGAAUCACAGAAGAGAAAAUAUUCUCUGAUAUCUUUCAUUAUAUUGAGUUUUUGUUUCGCAUCAUAAGACCAAGGAAAGUUUUCUACAUGGCUGUUGAUGGUGUUGCUCCUAGGGCAAAGAUGAACCAGCAGCGUGGGCGAAGAUUCAGAUCAGCUCGUGAAGCUGAAGAUUUGAUAAAGAAAGCGCAGGAAAAAGGAGAAGUUUUGCCAACUGAGAAGAGAUUUGACUCCAACUGUAUCACUCCAGGAACGGAGUUCAUGGUGAAACUACAAGAACAACUGAAGUAUUUUGUGGUACAGAAAGUUACAACAGACCCCUUGUGGCAGGGACCUGAGAUUUACUUGUCUGGUCACGAGACCCCUGGCGAGGGAGAACACAAGGUCAUGGACUUCAUUCGUUAUGAAAAAUCACAGCCAGGUUACGACCCUAACACACGCCACUGUCUCUAUGGGCUGGAUGCUGAUCUUAUUGUAUUGGGUUUGGCGACACAUGAACCUCAUUUUUCUCUCCUCCGUGAAGAAGUCCGAUUUGGUGGAAGGAAAGAGAGGAACAAGAGACCAUCAACACCAGAAGAAACAACGUUUCAUCUCCUCCAUCUGUCUCUGCUCAGGGAAUAUCUGGAUUAUGAGUUCUCUGCUGUCAAAAAAAAGAACCUGCCCUUUCCUUACGACAUAGAGUGCAUUAUAGACGACUGGAUUCUCAUGGGAUUCCUGGUGGGCAAUGAUUUCAUCCCACAUCUGCCUAACCUCCACAUUAACCAUGACGCAUUACCAUACCUCUGGCGGACAUAUGAAGAGGUGCUGCCAUCACUGGAUGGUUAUUUGAAUGAGGGUGGCCAUUUAAAUUUGAGAAGAUUUGAGAAAUAUCUUGAGGCUCUGGCAAAGUUUGACAUUGAGAAGUUCAGUGACCAGUUCACGGACAUGAAGUGGAUGGAGAGCCGGCUGGGAAAGAAGCAUGUCAACGAGGCAGCUGCCAGAGCCGCCCAGGAGGAGGAGCGGAAAAAAGAGAGGAAAAAGUCUUUCAACGAUACAAAUCCAUUUGCUGCACUGGAGGGUGUGUUAGAUGAGUUUGAUCCCAGUCUGUCAGAUUCUGGUGCUGACACAUUCACAGAGCCAACAGAGGAGACAACUCUGUCUGAUCUGUCUGAUGACGAUGUGGACACGUUCGAUGCCGAGUUUAGACAGCACAAGCGGAACUAUUACAUGGACAAGCUGGACUACCAGACUGUCACGCCCGAAGUGCUACAAGACCAGGCUCGGGGGUAUGUGACUGCCAUACAAUGGAUCCUCCUCUACUACUUUGAGGGCGUGCCGUCUUGGAGCUGGUUCUACCCCCACCAUUAUGCGCCAUACAUCAGUGACGUGAAAGGCUUCAGUAACAUGAGGAUUGAGUUCCAGCUGGGCAAAGCCUUCCUGCCCUUCCAACAACUCAUGGCUGUGCUGCCAGCAGCCAGCAAAGACCUUCUGCCAGAGGCUUUCAGGGGCCUGAUGACCAUGGAUACAUCCCCCAUCAUUGACUUCUACCCUGUCAACUUCAAGACAGACCUCAACGGCAAGCAGCAGGACUGGGAAGCUGUGGUUCUUAUUCCCUUUAUUGAAGAGGAGCGGUUGUUGGAAGCCAUGCAGCCGAAGUAUGACACAAUGACAAAAGCAGAGACAGCGAGAAACAAACAUGGUCCCAGUACAGUGUUCGUGUAUGAUGAGGAACGACAAGAGCCAUACUUGUCUCGUCUGCCAGGCAUCUUCCCUGACAUUACUGUCAACCAUGCUAGACAGGAGGAGAUUCCACUAGAAUUAUACCGAGUUGAUGGUAACAAGUUGAAAAAGGGGUUGCUGCCUGAGGUGCGACUAGAUGUGUACUUUCCAGGAUUCCCGACACUCUUCCACAUCAAACACUCGGCGGAACUGAAGAAGGAGGGAGUAAAGGUGUUUCAGAUGAACAGUCGUGGAGAAAACAUGAUCCUCAGCAUCACACACAGAGAGGCGGAUCUUAACCUGCCAAUUGAGGAGGCAGCACACAAAUACCUGGGUAACAGUGUCUACGUGGGCUGGCCGCACCUGCAUGAGGCCAAGGUCCUUGAGGUGUCUGAUGGGGAGACCAGUUACAAGUUGUUAGAGCGUAAGGGAGAGAAGGGAAAGAAGUCAACGUACGAGAAAAUUUGUCGUGAUCUCCAGAAAGAUGAGUCAGCUGUUUGGAGAUCGGAAUCAUCAUCCAUCAAGGAGAGGUACCAUGAUCGCCUAGGUGUAAACAUUGGGCGUACCAACAUCUUGCUGCAUGCCCUGCCCAUGACAGGCCGCAGGUAUGUGUGUGGGUCCCAUGGGAAGAUAACUCUGGAGAAACAGUUCUGUGUCCGUGCUGUCCCGUAUGCUCUGCAGGCGACUGUCAAGGACAUUGCCAUCCACGAUCCCGACUUCCAGCAGUUCCGCUCCCUGGAGGAGUUGUUUUCCACCGAGACGUCAGUGUUCAUGAUUGGUCAGCCACACUACGGCUGCCAGGGAGAGGUGGUAGACGUGGAAGAUGGUAGAGUUAGGGUUAACUUCACUGUUCCGGUUGAGCCAGACAUGACGAAUGUCAUGAGGAUGCAGGAGUCUUUGGAGACUAACUACAUGCCUGGUUACAUGAUCGCUCAGCGGCUCGGCAUAACGGGGCUGUUCUUGUCACGCCUCACUGGCUCCAUCCUCGUCAUCCAAGGCAGCAGGGACAACCCCAAGGCCAACCGGAUCAAUGUGGGGUUGAACCUGAAACACACGAAGAGGAACCAAGAACUGCCUGGCUAUACCAGGAAAGUGGAUGAUCGGUGGACCUACUCUCAAGCUACCUUAGAGCUGGUUCGAGACUACAUUGACAAAUUCCACGAUGUGAUGCAAGUGUUGUCAGCGGGUGGAGGAGGCGGGGAUCUGAUGUCAGAGGAAGAGAUAUUUCCUCCUGACAGUGAAUACAAGCUGAAGCACAUGGUAGACUUUGUGAGGAACCUGCCAUGUAACAAUGUCAAGCCACUGUCCACAGGGGCUGACAUCCUGGAGGAGGGCGUGGUCAAGGCAAUUGAAGAGGAGGUGGACACGGUUAAUGCGGAGAACAGGAGGAAACAGAAGAAAGUCAAGAUGCAAGUGAAACCUCAUUUGCUCUUCAGACCCCUGAUCAACCAAGGCCCCCUGGUGCCGGACCAGACUGCCACCUACUGGCUGUACGACCGUGUGGUAGCUGUGAAGCUGGGGUACCCUGUCCCCCUCGGGCUGAGGGGCGUGGUCGUUGGCAUCCACCCUGACGAGAAGGAGAGCGACACGCUGUAUGAUGUUGUGUUUGAUGCAGAGUUUGUCGGAGGAAUCAGUGUCAGGUGUUCUUCAAACCGAGGCUACCGUGUCCCGGCAGCUGCGAUGAUCAACCUGAGCCACGGAGAGAGGAAGGAGAAGAGGAGUCAUGAUGGGGCUCAGGGUCUCCGUCCAGCCAUUGGCACCUGGGGUCUCGGGUCAGGGGCCAACCUCAACACCAACCACAGUUACAGCGAUCUCAUGUCAAAGUCAGGGGGACACAGAGGUCGGGGCAAGGAGCCCCAUAUGCAGUGGGGGUCUGGAGAUCGACGUCCAAAUCACAGACACAAUGACCAGUUUGAUUCAUCACAGAAACAGGACAAAUACAAUUACUACAAUGGGAGUGACAGCUUCAAUAAAGGAUUUGGACAGAAAAAUGGCGGGUUUACCAACAGCAAUCCCCAGUUUGUUACACCGAAGGUCACACAAACACAGUUCUCUAAACGAACACCAAACAGAACUCAACAGACUGGAGGGAAGUCACAGCCUUCCCAAGAUGCAGCAAGCACAAACUCCGAGUUUGCCAACAUGUGGAAGGAGCUGCAGGCCGGCACCGGACAGACAACACCAUCUGGUGGCAACCUCAUCCAAGAACCAUCACUCCAACAGGCAGCACUUGCAUUAGGGCAGAUAACUCCUCCUACAACAAGGCAUCAGAAGAAACCAGAACUGAGUGGAGGUAGUGACAGUGCCACUGUUCAGGACUCGGAAAGUGAAAACAAGUUUGGAGCUAGCAGUAGUAAGAAGAUAGAUCUACAGACUCUGUUUGACCGUGCCAGCUUGCAGAAGGACGCCGCAGAGAAGGACGAGUUCAUCGCCAUGAUGGACUCUCUGGAGUUGUCAGGGAAGACCCAGAAGGAGGAAGAGGUUGUUGGAGGGAUCAACAGUAGUAAUAAUAAUGCCACGGAACAGGAUGGUAGUUCUGCACUGAAACACAUGCUGAAGAUCGGAUCGGACACAGGUUCAACGCCAGACGGUGGUAGUGUGCCUAAUACAUCCUCGCCAACAAAAGCGUAUGGGAAACAGUUAUCAGUGCAGGAACUGUUUGAUGGUGCUAAACAACAGGAGACCUCUCCACCACAACCCAAGCAACAGCAACAGCAACAGCAACAGAAGGAGCAAGAAAGAAAGCAGCAUCAAGGUCAGGGUCACAGACAACAGCAGCGGCAAGGUCAAAGGCAACAGCAUCAAGGUCAAGGUCAUGUGAAUCACCGACCUCACGAAUCUGGACCUAGGUUAGACACAGGGAACCCAGUGCUGGACCUAGAGGCCAGGUGUAAGAAUCUGGGGCUAGCAGCUCCGGGAUACGACUUCAAGCGUGUACAGGGUCACUUCACGAGCAUGGUGAUGCUGACAAAUGGGGCAAGGUUCGAAGGAUCCGAGUGUGGCAGUCGCGAGGAGGCUGCAGAGAGUGCUGCAAGCAUUGCCCUGCUUCAUCUGUUUACUCUUGAAUGGCAAAUUAUCCUGCAAGCCUUAGACCGGACACAGCAUCCGCCGUUCAUGAACAUCCCACCCCCAGGGAUGAUGAUGCCCCCACCCCCACAUCUGUGUUCCCCAAACUCUGCCUUCAGUCCAGUUCGACCUGGUACAGCACAAAUGUUUGUACCAAGGGGAGGCUACUCUCAACUACGACAUCCCCGCCAUCAGUUUCCGGGCCCUCCACAGUCUCAGAGAUAUCAGGGUCAUGGUCAUCACCAACACGGGGGUCCACGACAUCAGCAUCCAGCCAAUCAAAAUGCAGGAAGUGGUUCGUGGAACCAUCACCAAGGUAACCAGUCUGACAUGGGGUUGGGAGGAAGCUAUCAGAGCACAGAGGCAUCGAGGAAGCCGGGAUUGGUGACAGACCCUGCCUUCAUUCCUCUACAGGUUGCUAGGAACCAGAAGACACCCCAAAAGCGGCGCGACGCCCAGCCCCAAGACCAUGUAGAUAACAGUGCUGCUCCAAUAAGAGACUCUGACAGUUACGCUAGAAGUGAAAACAAACAAACUGACAGUUCCCAGUCCCAGUCAGGGAGCUCCUCAGCUCUUAGAACUGAACACUGCAAGUCCCAUAAACCUGAACCCAAGUCUGCUGGAGGAGGAGCACAAGCACAUGGGAAGAAACGGCGUCCUCGAAUAGCUGCUAACCUCAACUUCUCCUAAACUGUCACAGCAGGAUGAGCAAGCACAGGUCGCCAUGUUUGAAGGAAGUUGUGUGCCAAUGAUGCAUAUCAUUUGAAGUUGACGUUGUUCAGUGGGCAAGACAGACCUCACUGAAGUAUUGAAUUCAUGCAGUAGCCACAGUGAAAGUGUUUACUAGCCAGGCAGUUUUACUUGGUUUCCUUCAGACUUGAAAAUAGUGACUCUUUUGUGUUUUAAUUUUGAAAACUGGCUGUAUUUUAAUUCUUUAUGUGCAAACAGGUUUCAAGUUUUGAUGUAUGCAUUUGUAUGAGAUGUGACAUGCAAGUGGAGUAUUUCAGGUCAUCUUUCAUGUCUGCUUGGUGACUGGACAAGACAGUAUGUAUAUAUGCUGAUCCAUCCUCGAUCAUCCAGUGUAUUAUAUCUCCACUCUUUCAUAAGUACCCUGGACCUGUACCUGUGUACUGGGCACAAAGCGAUCUUAGCGCCAAGAUGAUCGUACUCCCAUAGGCUUACGAUAGUCUUAGCGCAAAGAUCGCUUUGUGCAAGAGGGCACUGAUUGAAACAGGCCAUAUCACCAAUUCUCAACUUGCUCUUUGAAAUACAAUUGCUAUACCUUGUAGCAUAAGGAUAGUCUACUACUUGAACCACUAGUUUUGGCAGACUGUAAGUUGAUCUACCUGUGUUGGUAUUCAGUCAAACAUGUUUUCUAACUAACAGUUCAUUUAUUAUAUAGUCUUCUGAUUCAUAUAUAUUGAGGGCUUGCUCAGACAAGACAAUCACUUACACAUGCUCAACGUUCCGAGAAAACUAUUUUGUAUGGUUGUUUAAAUUUGGGCAUAGCUAGUAAUGAGAGGUGAAGCUAGUGACAUCACUUCCAAGUAGUGGAUAUGAGUUCAGGGUAUUUAUCAUAAUAGAAUGGAGAUUUAAUACACUGGAUUAUCGAGGAUGAACUGCUCAACGUGUUGUGAUAAGUUCUCAGACUGAUCUCCCCUUAUGGUGGAGCUGCAUUAUCAAAGUCCAGCCGGCUAAAUGAACAGUCUCUAUACAUGUACAUGGUGAUAUCUACUACAACGUGUCGUAUCUAUGCAAAACCUGACACUGUUUCGUGUAUUUUCAGUUGGAAUGCUCUUGCUAGUAUUUCUUAUACUACACAAUAUUUGAUAAGGAUGUCCCUAAUACAAAUUGAGUAGUGUACAUUGUUACGCCGAGUCUAGAAGACAAAAGUUAUGGCAUAAUGUCAAAUAAAGGUUUUUAUGGUUGUUUUUUUAGUCCCAAAGUCCUUGCCAAACUGCCCAAGUAUCAUCAGGACUAGUAAAUAAAAUUGCUAUUUUACAGGGCUUUGCUAUAUUUGAUAUAAGGACUAAAGAUGUCAGUUUCUACCACUGAUGAAUGAUGGUUGUAUGAGAUGAAGAAUAGGAAAUGGCAAAAUCAAAAUUUCUCUGUAAAUGGCAUUAGAAGGGGCUUCCUUUGCUUCCUGUACAUCUGUUUCCAAACAGGGUGCCAUUGUACAACACACUCUUAGCCCUAAGGUGAACAUAACUCCCAUACUUCAACAAAGACUUACGAUAGUCGUAGAGCUAAGGUUGUUUUGUACGGCAACACCCAGGUUUUUGCUGUGUGAGAAUGAACAAUGCCCUGGGUGUCUCCAUGACUAUUGUAAGUAUGGGAGCUGUGAUCACAAUGUGGGACAAGUUCCACAAAGCACUAUGAUUAUUGUAUGUAUGGGGGUUGGGUGUAAGAUCACUUUAAAGUACCAGGCUCCGUUCGUUAAGCAUAAUAAUUGACUACAGAGGAAUCCUGUCAACCGGUGAAAUUGUUCACAUUGAUGUAAGAAUCUGUCUGAAGGAAUGUUCUUUUUUGAAAUGAUAAGUUGAAAUUGGUCUUCUUUAACAUCGGCAAAACUUUCGUUUUGUUUCUUUAUAGCAUCGCAUCUUCAUUAAAAGUAUUGAAAAUAUGAUCCUGAUUAGAAAAAGAUGGAUGAAGGUUGCAAUGCUGAAUGAGAAAAAAAAAAAUGUCCGAUUUAGUGGUAGAAGAGUACUUUGUUGUAAGAAGUGGGCGACCGGUCUUGAGCCAGACUUGAUUGCCAUGAUACAGCAAGACAAUUGUUUUUUUUAACUGCAAAAGCCUUUUAUUUAACAAACCAAAAUACAAAACAAGUAUCCUGCCUAUAUUCAAAGCCAUGACUGUAGCAUUGUUUUUUGCUUUAAAAUAAACUAUGGAAUGAAGAUUGAUAAACUGUUGCAGUACGCUGUAGCAUUUCCACCAAAGAGUUAGCAUUGAUUUAUUUAAAUAUUUGAUAAUUGUGUUGUGUUCUAUCAUGUGUUUAUUUCCUUUACAACAUUGACCCAAGUCAACUGCUGCAUCGUGCAUUCUUCUUGAUUUAAAUCUCAUCUUGGGUUUGUUUUAUCCCAUAUGAAAUUCUUCUUUCUUAACUUCCCGAAGUUGAUGUUUGGACAAGAUGCAACAUAUUCCAUAAUGUUUUAAGGGUUAUUUUAAUAUGUACAUUUAUAUUCAUUUAAUGCAGAAAGAUCUUAUAAACGCCAGGGGUAAAGAGUGAAAGAAAAAUACGUCCAGGGCCCACUUGCACAGAGCUUAGAUACUCGUAACUCCCAUACUUUAACAUAGGCAUAAGAUAAUCUUAACACUAAGAUGAUUUUGUGCAAGUGGGCCCAGGCCUUUUAGGAACUCAGUAGGCUUGGAAUAUUUCAACAUUAUUGAUACUCUCAGUUGAAUAAGGCAUUCGAAUGUAAUGAUAUUUGGUUAUCUAGUUGUAUGUUGAUCGUCUAUCAUGGAUCACUCUACCACUGCUGGUGCUACUUUGACAUAGUACUGCCAACUUGUGCAGCUGUUGGUCAGCCUUGUCCAUGUCGGCUCUAUGGAGGACGGAGGUUACUCACUGCACCGAUGUCUGUCACAAAUGGCGACAUGUCACUUAACAGAUGAAAAACUGAGGUCAGCAAUAACACAACUUGUAAUAAAUAUUUUAAGUUGUGAA